CCCCUUCAUUUGCAUGUAGCCCUUUCAGUUGCAUACCCAUUCGUUAAGUACGAGUUAACCCGACUCUCACACCUCACUUCACAAGCGGCACUCGCUCAAACCAACCUCGUCGAUCGCAACCCUCAGCUGCACUCCCUCCACUUACCAAAAUGUAACCGCCAUGUCUCACCUCCUAAAAGGCAAAGCAUCAUCCCGCGACCCGCCACCGAGCCUACCCCAACGUCCCACCUCACGCUCCGCCUCCCAUGCCUCUCUCCCGGGCGCCUUGCCGGGGUCCGCACCCCAACCCUCCACCAGCGCACUCACCUCCCCAACCAUGCGCACCACUCCCACGGUAGGCGGAGCAGGAGCAGGAACAGGAGCAGGCGCAGUAGGAGGAGGAGGAGGCGGCGGCAGCCUAACCGUCCCCAUGCCGCUGACCAUGCCGGCGACGCUGCCCUCCUCCCUUCCGCGGCGGGAAUCGACGCGCGCGACGGACCGCACCGACGCGCUGUGGGCCGAGAUGCAGGCGACGCUCGAGGCGGUCGAGCUGUCCAGCUCCGAGCGCCCCGGGGGCGCGGCGCGCGUGUUCGGCCCGGACCACGAGCGCAAGCUGGAGCAGCUGCGGGCGGCCCAGAUCGCGCUCGCGCAGGCGUGGGCGCGGAGCGAGGCGGAUGAGGCGAUCGAGACUACCGCUGCUGCUGGCGGUGGGCUGGGAGUUGCCGGUGGGGGGGCUGGGGAGUUGCCGGUGUCGGAAGGGAGGAGCGUGGCGACGGAUGCGGGAGGGGCGGGGGCCGGGGCGAGGAGUACGAUGGGCACAGGCAGCGCUGCUGCUGCUGCUGCUGCUGCCGCUGCCGCUGCUGCUAGGCCGAGUAGUAGUGGAGUUGGGAUGGGCGGUGGGCAGCAGGAGAGGCUGGGGGCAGAAACGGAGGAGGAGACCGAGGUGGAUAUCUUGCUGGCGAGGAAGCGGCGGGAGGCGAAUGACCGGUAUUUUCAGCAGGUCAGUCAGGGGGUCCUAGAUGUGGUUGCGAAGUUGGAGGACGUGGCCGUCGCCAUGCGGGCGGUUGAGCAGGAGAGCAAGGAACUUUGGGGAGAGGAGCAUGAGAGUGCUCCUGGGAGCGCAAAGGCGUAGGUCAACUAACGCAGCUCGGUUUUGGAGGUUGCAGAGUACAUGGGGGUCUAGCAUUGCUAUGGCGUUUCGGGAAACAAGGGAUGCAUAGAAACUUGUUAAUCAGACUGC